CUCCAAUUAUUAUGUCCUUUCUACAUAUUUCAUCAAUCUUUGCCUCUUAAACAAUUCUAACUUAUAUUCCCCUUCUUCUUCAAACCUCUAAUGACCAUCUCUCCUUAGCCCCCAAAAAUACCAAUCAAAAUUUUUUUUCUUUUGCGAUGGCAAGUGAACAUGAAUUUUAUCCUUCACGUGCAACGCCCAUGCAAUACUUUACGGAUGAAGACGAAGGAGAAGAAGGAGGAGGAGAAAUAGAAGAAGAAUCGACGGACGACGAAGUUUGCAAAGAAGAAGAGAAAGAGAAUUCAAGUGACUGGAGGAGUUUGUAUUUGAUGUGCGGCGGUCGCCGCGGCGGUGGGCGUCGCCGUAAAAGUUGGUCACUGGGGCAAGUUUUUUUCGACCCGAAGGCCAAAUGGGUUCAAGAAUGGAAUAGGGUUUUCCUCCUGGUAUGCGCGACGGGACUGUUCGUGGACCCAUUGUUCUUUUACGCCCUGUCCAUCAGCGACACGUGCAUGUGCCUCUUCGUCGACGGGUGGUUCGCCAUCACCGUGACGGCGCUCCGGUGCAUGACGGACGCGUUGCACGUGUGGAACAUGUGCCUCCAGCUCAAAAUGAUCAAGAGAUCAUCGUCGUCGUACGGUCUCGGCAAUGACAAGAGGAGUGGGAGUGAGAGUGAAGGCGAAGGGGGUGACGGCGGAGAAGGAAGCAGCAACAGACCCCGUGCUGCGAAUGGCCGCCACGUGGCCUUCCAAUGCUUGAAAGCCAAAAAGGGACUCUUCUUUGACCUAUUGGUAAUUCUCCCUCUGCCACAGAUUGUACUAUGGGUGGCAAUUCCAUCAUUAUUGGAAAAAGGAUCGGUAACGCUAGUAAUGACGGUGUUCUUGAUCAUCUUCCUCUUCCAAUACCUCCCCAAGAUCUACCACUCCGUCUGCCUUUUACGUCGAAUGCAGAACCUUUCCGGCUACAUUUUCGGCACUGUUUGGUGGGGGAUUGCUCUCAAUUUGAUUGCUUAUUUCGUCGCCUCACACGCGGCGGGGGCGUGUUGGUACUUGUUAGGGAUUCAAAGAUCGGCUAAGUGCUUGAAAGAGCAAUGUAGACGGAUAGAGAAUUGUGACCUGAGAUUAUUGGCUUGCAAAGACCCAAUUUACUAUGGAACAAGAAGUAUGGUAAGGGAUAGAGCAAGGUUGGUUUGGGCAGAAAACAGGCAAGCAAGGAGUGCUUGCAUUGAUAGCCCUGAUAGCUAUGAUUAUGGAGCUUAUAAAUGGACCGUUCAGCUCGUUACCAACGAUAGUCGUCUCGAGAAAAUACUUUUUCCUAUCUUUUGGGGUCUUAUGACUCUCAGCACAUUUGGGAACUUGGAAAGCACAACAGAAUGGCUGGAGGUUGUUUUCAACAUCAUUGUUCUUACUAGUGGACUUCUUCUAGUCACAAUGUUGAUUGGUAACAUCAAGGUGUUUUUGCAUGCAACAACGUCCAAGAAACAAGCAAUGCAAUUGAAGAUGAGGAACAUAGAGUGGUGGAUGAGGAAGAGGCGCCUGCCUUCUGGGUUCAAGCAAAGGGUCCGCAACUACGAGCGGCAACGGUGGGCGGCCAUGCGUGGUGUCGAUGAAUGCCAGAUGAUCAGAAACCUCCCCGAGGGGCUCCGGAGAGAUAUCAAGUACCAUCUUUGCCUGGAUUUAGUUAGACAGGUACCAUUGUUUCAACACAUGGAUGAUUUGGUCCUAGAAAACAUUUGUGAUCGUGUCAAAUCUCUAAUUUUCACCAAAGGAGAAACUAUAACAAGAGAAGGUGACCCAGUACAAAGAAUGCUAUUUGUAGUAAGGGGACAUCUCCAAAGCAGCCAAGUUCUUAGAGAUGGUGUGAAAAGUUGCUGCAUGUUAGGGCCCGGAAAUUUCAGUGGCGAUGAGCUCUUGUCAUGGUGUCUUCGAAGACCCUUCAUUGAGAGGCUCCCACCAUCGACUUCCACCCUCGUAACGCUAGAAACUACCGAGGCAUUUGGUCUCGAUGCUGAGGAUGUCAAAUACGUCACACAACAUUUCCGUUACACAUUCGUUAACGAAAGGGUCAAGAGGAGUGCUCGGUAUUAUUCUCCGGGAUGGCGGACUUGGGCUGCAGUGGCAAUUCAAUUGGCUUGGAGGCGGUACAAACACCGUUUAACCCUUACGUCAUUGUCAUUCAUUAGGCCUCGGAGGCCGUUGUCGAGAAGUAAUUCAUUGGGGGAGGACAGACUCAGGCUUUAUACAGCUAUGUUAACUUCACCAAAACCAAAUCAAGAUGAUUUCGAUUUUUGAAAAUAAAAAAAAAAAAAUUAAAAUGAUGCUACAUGGAAUUCCCAUGGUCCUUAAGUUUUAGUUUUCCAAAUUAAUGUUCGUUCUAAUACCAUUUGUAAGUACCUCGUAUUUGGUAUGAGAGCAUUGUUCUUUACUUCGACUCAGCUUGCAGUUUUGUUUUUAGAAGAAAAAGAAAAUAUUUGUAUCUACAGCUAUAUAUAUAUAUAUGGUAUCUUUCAUGUGAA